GUCUGCUGCAAGGACCAAAGUAUGGUGUAAUGCGCAUGUGUGAAAGUGCCAGGCGUCAUGCGACACAAAAAAACAGCGGUAGGGACGACGGGAAACGUAGUUUGAAAAAAAAUAUUACCCGAAAUGCAAUAUCAUUCGGGAAAUACCCAGUACCAGGCGGGGAAUAGGAAAAUAGCACCAUGCGAUAAUUCAUCCUGUGAUAUUUGUCAGCUUUGAAAAUAAAAACGGAACAGGAUAGGGUGAAGAUACACCUCGGGCUGCAGUUGAACAGUUCCCGAUUUAUAUGCCAAAGGCGACAUUUUUUUGCAUGUUUUGAGUAGAGACAAACCCGCGGCGUCGUCCCUCACGCGGGCAUCUUUCAAAGCUAGCUAGCGGGUUAGCCUUAGCUGUGAUGCUGGGUUGCUUGCGUCUUCAUCAGUAGCUCAAGUCCACAAAAGGCAAUUGGUGUUAAAUGCGUGCUAUGUUUAACUCUUAAGAUACAAUGUCUGGCUUUAACUUCGGAACAGGGACACUUGGUGCCACCAACCCUGGUGGGGGAUUCUCAUUUGGGGCCGCAACCAGUGCACCUGCAGCCAGUACUGGUGGCUUCUCCAUCGGGACUGCUCUGGGUACAGCCACCACCAGCACCACCCCAUCUCUUGGCCUUGGAGGCAGUCUCUUCGGUCAAAAACCUCCUGGAGGAUUCUCUUUCAACACACCUGCCUCAAGUGCUGCUGCACCCACAACAGGCCUUACAUUAGGUACUCCAGCCACUACAGCUGCAACUGCUGGCUUCAGCUUGGCCUUUAACAAGCCCACUGCUUCAGCAACACCCUUCUCCCUCACCACCACUGCUACCACCUCCUCAUCAGCCCCCACAGGGGCAGGUUUAUCAUUUGGCUCUGUCCUGACAUCCACAGCUCCACAGCAACCUGCCGCCUCGGCCUUCACCCUUGGUCUUGGUGCCACAACCACCACCACAGCAGCCUUAGCAGGCCCGUCACUAGGCGGGGGUCUUUUCUCCAGCAGUGCAGCUACAGGUUUGGGUCAGACCACUCUAGGAGGAGGAGGUGGGUUAACGUUGGGUUCUCUGUUAGCAUCCUCCACAGCAGUAUCAUCAGCGCCUGCCCCUAGUAUUGGCCUUGGUGGAGUUGACUUCAGCACUUCCUCUGAGAGUAAGAGUGACACAUCUUCUGGAGCCAAUGCACAGGAUAGCAAAGCUCUGAAAGAUGAGAACCUGCCCCCAGUCAUUUGUCAAGAUGUUGAGAAUUUCCAAAAGUUUGUCAAAGACCAGAAACAGGUUCAGGAGGACAUCAGCAGAAUGUCAUCUAAAGCCAUUUCUAAAGUCCAAGAUGACAUCAAGAGCCUCAAACAGCUUCUCUCUGUCAGUGCCAGUGGUCUACAGAGACAAGGUCUGGGCAUCGACAAGCUAAAGCUUGAGACAGCACAGGAACUCAAAAAUGCUGACAUAGCACUGCGAACACAGAAGACCCCCCCUGGACUACAACAUGAGAACACAGCUCCAUCAGAUUAUUUCCGUAGCCUGAUAGAGCAGUUCGAGGUGCAGUUGCAGCAGUACCGGCAGCAGAUAGAAGAACUGGAGAAUCACCUGACAACGCAGAGCAGUGGCUCCCACAUCACACCUCAGGACCUGACCUUGGCCAUGCAGAAGUUAUACCAGACAUUUGUUGCACAGGCAGCCCAGCUCCAGUCUGUCCAUGAGAAUGUCAAGAUCUUGAAGCACCAGUACCUUUCCUACCGUCGAGCCUUCCUGGAAGACUCCACCGACGUCUUUGAGUCCAAACGGGCAUCUAACAGGAAAUGGCAGAAUGCACCGCGAGUAACGACUGGACCUGCCCCAUUUUCCAGUGUGCCCAACGCUGCAGCGGUGGCCAUGGCAGCCACGUUGACCCAGCAACAGCAGCCAACUCCAGGGACCCAGGCGCCCUUGGGGGCAGGGUUCGGAAAUCCAUUUGCCUCGGCAGUGGGCACUAGCUUGGGCUCGUCUACCCUUGGAGGUUUUGGUGGUGGGCCAGGAUUUGGUGGGGUGGGGACUGGGGGGUCUUCUUUUGCCUUCUCCUCCGCCAAUAAGCCCACAGGAGGCAGUCUGAGUGCAGGUUUCGGUAGCAGCAGCAGCUCAGGCUUUAACUUCAGCAACCCUGGCAUCAACCCCUCGGCGGGCCUCACCUUCGGCGUGUCGAACCCACCUGCCGCUGGCUUUGGCACUGCAGGGCCCCUUCUCCAGCUCAAGAAACCUCCCGCUGGAAAUAAAAGGGGCAAGAGAUAGGACCAACGAAAGAAAGAGCCCUGAGUGACUGACCACCUGACCAACUUGGGGGUUGUAGCGGGUAAAAUCUGGUCUCCCAAAAGUGUCUAAGUGCUCUAAUAAUCUUUAUUUGCCUACAGAAGAAAGAAAAUAUAAACAUUGGGAAAAUAAUAUUUCAUUCACCAACAACUAUGAUAUACUGGUUUGUGCUCUUCGGUGAUUUGACUCCAUUUAAUUUGAUUUCAAACUGCAAAGUCGAUAGCCAGAUUUUACCUGUCAGUUGAUCCAAAAAGCUCACACUCACAUGUUCCUAAUAGAACCAGUCAAGCAACUAAAUUAUAUCACGUGGGUCUUAUUCAUACUCAGUAACUCUGAAUCAAUGUAGUAGUACAAUGGUGUCUGUGGAGAGGCUAAAAAUAGUUUUGCCUACAUUUAUACUAGAGUUUUCCCAUUUGCAUUGACUCAAAAUUCUGCCUGCACGCUAUAAUCUGUAGCACUGCAAUGCUUUUGGGACUGCCAGCCAUGGACAGAGCUGGGUUAAUUCCAAAUCAUGGAGUUAUCUAUGAGGAACAUAUGUAGUCUGAGUAUUGUUUAAGAUCAGUGUGUUUUUGCGCUUCGAGGUGGACAGUGCAGUUGGUUCCAUUGUGUCAAACGAACUGUCAAACUGCACCUCAACGCCUCUCAAAUGAUGUGUUGGCCCAAGUCUUGUCCAGGAUAGGCUAAGGUAGGUAAAGGGAAAGAAGCGUAUGAGGUAAUAGUUGGUUGGGAACAGCGUAGUCCCUGCCUGAAGUUCCCAGUGGGGGGGUAUUAUCUGAUCCUAGAUAGUUUUAUAGACACAGGAGAGUGUCCAGGGUGGGUUAUGGGGAAGCACAGUUUAUUUUUGUAUGAAGUGGAGAAAGAGAUGACAUUCGGGAGGGGUAAAAGGGGACUAGCACCAUUAUGUAGUCCACAUAACCUGUGUUGUUUUUUGCUAAAGUCCAUCCUUAGUCUUUAAUAUUGAAUUUCUAGGCACAUUUUGUUUCCCCCCCAAUGUAAGAACUUGGGAGAAGAAACACUGUGCUGUUUGUAUUACAUUGCUCCCAUUAAAUGUUAAGUUAGUCAAUCUGAAAGGGAUUUCACAAGCAGAUUCUACCCACUCGACCCAGUUUAUACAUGUGCUAGAAUGAACCCGCACUUGCCAGUGUAUAUGACCUGGACAGUGAUUGUGUGAAUGUGCAUGUGUGCCUGUUGCACAAGUAUGAAUUUGUCUCUCUGGUCUAUUGUAGCUGCUGACUUCUUUUGAGCGUCUGGGGCAGUUGGGGUGGGAUUCUCUGCUUUUUUUAAUUGUCCAUGUCAGUUCAGUUACCAAAUACUGGUAGUUGUACUAUUAUUUUCUAAUCACAGUCUGUGUAAACUUGUAUUUUCAAGAAGCUGUUUAAUAAUAAAAUCUUCAAUAUGAUGUUUUGCCUGUUUGUGGCAUCACUUCAAUAAAUGUGUGUGUUGACACAGA